AUGGCUUCCGAAGCAUCCAUCUCUGCCAACGGCGGAUCCCUCGCUGCUAUGUUGGAACAGCAGCACGCCCGCGACGAGUUGCACAAGCCCACUGUGGAGGAGACCGUGGACGAGGAAGACCUCAAGCACCCCCCUCCGACCGUGACACAGCCAGAUCAGCCCCUCCUGGUUGACGCUGAUACCCCCGAGCCUACCACCCCCGCGCAAACCGCUUCCCCGGCGCCCACCCCCAAGCCCGCCACCAAAAAGGCCCCGGCAUUCGAUGUUCAAUCCGAAGAAUUGUUCCCAGCUUUGGGCAGUGGCCCGAAGCCUGCUGCCCCCGCAGCUGCUACAUGGGGUGCGAAGAAACCUUCCGCGACCGCUGCUGUCGCCAAUGGUUCGCCCGCGAAGUCAAUGGAAAUUCCUCGUAUCAUGGCUCUCCCCGGAAAGCACAUGGAGCAGCUCCGCCUAGCUCCCUCCCAGAUGCAACCCCGUGGACAGAUGAAGAAGCCUCUUCGUGAUGUCCUCCGGGAUAUCUCUCGCAGAUCAAAGGCGAAUGUCGACAUGCGCGGUGGCCCCGGUGGCUCAAUCAUUUUCGAAGGAAAGGGCUCCGUAGAUGCAGUGCGCCAGGCUCUCCGCGAAGUGGCUCAGCAGGUUGGAUCUAAGCAAUCUGUCCGUGUUCCGAUUCCCACAUCUGCGCGCGCUCACAUCAUUGGCCGUCAAGGUACCGUUGUGCAGGAUAUCCAGACCCGCACUGGUGCCCGUGUUCAGGUCCCCCGCGCCGAUAGCAACGCUGCUGGUGCCGAUGAUGACGAUGAUGAUACCAUUGACAUUUUGAUUGAGGGAGAUGCCGUGGCUGCGGAGAUGGCCCGCCGUGAGAUCGAGGCCAUUGUCAAGGAGCGCGGCUCAAACAUGAGCUUCCGAUUGAAGACUGUUCCUCCUGAGUUCUUCCCCUUCAUUGCAGGUGCACACGAUGCCAACGUGCGGGCCAUUGAAGAGCGCACAAAAGCGCACAUUAAUGUUCCCCGCUAUGAUACUUGGACGAGCCAGCCUCCUCCGCAGGAAGCCAACCCUGGCCAGGUUCAAUUCGUGGCUGUGCCUGAUAAGCACAUUUUGAUCUCCGGAGAACGGGCUGCCGCACAGGAGGCUCGGGCUGAGAUUGAGCGCUUGGCUGCGCAAUUGCACCAGCAGCUUACUCUGCGCCAGCUGGCAAUCAACCGUGGCCAACACCAGUUCAUUUUGGGCAAUGAGGCCGAUGCCCUGCACCAGUUCGUUGCACAAACUGGAUGUGCCAUUGUCCUGCCCCCUUCCUCCGAUGAGAGUGAGUUCCUCACCAUCACUGGUCCCCUUGACCAGAUCGAGGCUGGUAUUGAACACGCUAUGGAUCUUGCGACAAGCAUGCAGAUGGCUAGCAUUGAUCUGUCCCGCCAGCAUCCCGCUGCUCCCGCCGGUCCCCACGCCCACGCAAGUGCUCUCUCGCAGUACUUACGUCGCCGUCAGGUCAUCAAGGAACUUGAAUCGACAUACGAUGCGCACAUUGCCCUUCCUCCUAGUGUUGGUGGGCCCAUCACUUGGGAGGUGUACUCCCGUGACGGCAAGAACACCAUCCGCGCCCGUUCCGAUAUCAUGAACCUAGUCCAAGCUCUACCACCUUCUAGACUCCGCCACGUCCCUGUGGACCCUUACUUCCACCAGUACCUGCGUGAUCGAAGCGCAAACACCCUUCAGGGUGAUUAUGGGGUGCACUUAAUGGUGCCUGAUGACAUCAACUGCCCCGAGGUUGUUCUUGUUUAUGAAGGCCCGUCCGCAACUGCUUCCCGUUUCGAGGUCCCUAGACAGCGCCCCUCCCCCGCGGAUGUUGCAGCCUUCGAGAAGGGUCUGCAAGAGGCUCAGGAUUACCUCCUCAGCACUCUCGGAGACCAGCUUGACAUUGUUGCCAAGACGGUUUCCGUUCCUGCCAAGUACCAGGAGAAGGCGCGUAAAUUCAUCACGCGCGAGCAGGCGGCCAAGGGCGAGGAUAGCAUCCCUGUGCGUGCCAUUGUCGGUGACGCCCAGGGUUCUCAAUGUGAGGUUUCUCUCCGUGGUCCCUCAGCCCUGGUGGCUGAACUUGCCGCCAAGGUGGAGGCUUUCGUUGUGGAGCAGGAGAAGGACGACCUGGAGCGUGGUUACACCACUAGCUUUGACUUCCCCCAGAAGUACGCCAACUUCCUGAUUGGCAAGCGUGGUGAGAACAUCAACAAGCUCCGUGAGGAGUUCGAUGUCGAUAUCAAGGUGGAGAACGGCAAGGUCGAGGUCAAGGGGCCCAAGGCCAAGGCAGAUGCCACCCGCAUGCGCAUUAUCAACAUGGGCAAGAAGUUGGAAGAUGAGACUACUCAUAUUCUCAAGGUCCCCGCCCAAUACCACCGUGAGCUGAUUGGCCAGCGUGGAAAUCAGGUCAACCGUCUUCAGGAUCGUUACUCUGUCCGUGUCCAAUUCCCCCGCGCAAUUGUUGCCAAUGAUGACUCCACGGAAACCGGCAGUGAUGCUGGUGGUGCUCGUCCCCAGCGUGCUCAGCAGGCUCCCGAUGAGGUCCUUGUCAAAGGCCCCAGCAAGGGUGCCGACGCCGCUCGCGACGAGAUCCUCAGCUUGCUGCAAUAUGUCAUUGAGCACGGUCAUUCCGCCGCCAUUUCUGUGGCCCAGAGCCAGGUCGCAUCCCUGAUCGGCCAGCGCGGCCGCGAGAUGGACAAGCUUCGCGCUGAUACCGGUGCCCAGAUUGAUGUCCCUAACGCCAACGAUGCGCCGGAUGCAUCGGGUCGUGUGGAGAUUCGGGUCAAGGGUACUAAGCAGCAAGUUGCCGAGGCCAAGAAGAUCUUGCAGCAGCGGGCCAGCGAGUUCGAUGCCACUGUGACCAAGACCAUUGAGGUUGACAAGAAGUAUCACAAGGCUUUGAUCGGUGGAGGUGGUGCCAGCAUCCGCAAAAUUGUCACCGAGGCCGGUGGCCCUACUGAUGGCAGUGCCGCCAGGAUGGUCCGUUUCCCCCGUCCUGAAAGCACCGAAUCGACCAUCCGCCUCGAGGGCAACGGCAAGAUCGUGGAUAGCAUCAUCGCCGCGAUCGAAGAGUUCGUCAAGGAGCGCCAAGACCAGGUCACUGAAAUCAUCGAUGUUCCCACCGCCCAGCACCGCAUGCUUAUUGGCCGUGGAGGUGACACUCGCCGUGGCAUCGAGUCCAAGUUCAACGUCACCCUUGAUAUUCCUAAGCAAGGCUCUGGCCGUACCGAUGUGAAGCUUAAGGGCCCUAGCAACGCCGUCCAAAGCGCCAAGGAGCACGUCAAGUCCAUGUUGAAGGAGCAGCACACGGAGACCAUCGAGAUCCCUAGCCACCUGCACUACUUCCUCGCGGACAAUGGCCACAUCUUCCGCCGCCUGCGCAACGACUAUCAGGUCACCGUGGACCACGCCGGCCAGCCCCUGCCUGUCCCUGCCCCCUCCGCCGCCGAAGACACUCGCGCCACACCUGAAGGCACCGACAUGCCUCUGAUCAUUGAUGAUCCCAACCUCUCCCCCUUCCCCUGGGUUCUCAGCGGCACACCGGAGAACGUGGCCAAGGCCCGGUCGGUCGUCGAGAAGGCUCUCGCUUCCGCGAUCCAUCAGUCCACUACGGGAUAUCUGAUUCUGCCGGAUCCCAAAACUUACCGUUUCGUUGUCGGCCAGGGUGGCAGCCAGAUCAACGCCAUCCGCAAGAAGACAGGCUGCCGUAUCAAUGUGCCCAAGGACCAGGCUCUUGGCGAAGCGAUUGAGAUCCGGGGUAGCCCCAGCGGCCUGGAAGAGGCCAAGGAGAUGAUCCUCGAGGCCGUGCACAAUGGCCUUCACGGUGCUGCGCGGUAG